GCUGGCUCUCCAAUAUACUGCCUCCUUCCCAUCUCGACGAUAUUGGUGCAGCAUCUUUAGAUGGCAGGCCAGCUUCUUUUGCAGUGAGGUAGAACGGCCGUGGGCGUCACUGGGUUGCAGCAGAGAACGAGUCGAAUGAUUUGGUCCCAGAGAACCUGAAGGAAAGGCUAAGCAGAAACAAGAAGGUUGUUCCAUCAAGACAAUGGAAUGUGAGAAUUGAAGAGAGAACAGAAAAGGAGACCUGUUCAUUUACAAUGAAUACAUUUUAAAAAGACCGUCUGAUAAUUUUGCCUUUGUAGAUUGGAAAAUACUGGGAAGCAGCCUAAGGGAGCUCGGAGCCAGCCAUGGAAACAAGAAACAGAUCCAAGGCAGAAGCAAAAGAAUCGCCCAAGUCUGCCACCUCAAAGGUAAACGCUGGUGUUGCCGAUAAGAAAGAAUUUGCCGGCAAGCAACCGGAGCCCACAAAUGUUCCCAAGAAGGCAGCCGCUGAGGCUACAGUGGCCAGUGAAACGAAGCCCGCAGCGGACAGCUCAGUGACACUACCAGCCGUCAGCACGGAGGGCAAGAAGCCUGCAGACCCAGAGCUUGAAACCCAGGGCACCAAGGAAGAAACGUCCGAAGGUCAGCCCAGCAACUUGUUUGAGAAUAUGAAGCCGUACAUACUUGGAGGGGUUGCCAUCACAGGUCUGGCAGUCCUGGUUGGAGUGAUCUUCAUCCUCCACAAGAAAUAAAGAAAAUGUAUAAAACUGUAUAUUGAUAUCGGUUAUUUUCUGCAUGUGUGUACAUUGGCGAAUAUCUUCUCGCUCCUGAACUAGUACUUGUACAACUCUGCUCACCACUAUAAUCUUGGUUCAACGUGAUUGUAUUUAACUCACAGUGUCCAUACGCAUUGCAGAACAUUUUGGAUUAACUUGUAUAUUGUAAAGGUUGACUCUCCACUCCCACCCCUCCAUCCCCACCUUUCCGCAAGGCCUAUGGCAAUGUUGAACGGGCCACUCUUGUUCCCAUGCUAGCUUCCCACUGAAGAUGAUAACACACUGUAGAUCUCCCCCCCUCCCCUUUCCCUUUUAAGUAUUGAGUGUUUAUCUCAUAGGAAGCCUUAUAAAGCUAUUCCAUUCUCUUGUAGCGAAUUAAAUAAGAUGCAUUUCAGCAGCAUGCAAGCCAAAUUUUUAUCCCCUGGGCUCUUCUAGCAUACACACACAUCCCUCUUUCGUUUGACCCUUGCUAUCAUUGUCAGUGAUAGCAACCCCCACAAAACAAAAUACUUUUGAAUUGGAUGGAGGUGACAAACUGAAGCUCCAACACAGUCGGUAGAAAGAGAACAAAAUGGUGGCAGCAAUAAAACCAAGUUCACCCCGAACUUCCCAUUCCUUCUAGGAUUUACUAGUAGAUGCUCUGUGUGAUUUGUUCUUGGGCCCACGGUAGUAUUUAAUUCAAAUGAUGGUGUCACAUUUACUUUGACUUAAAACAAGCGUAUACAUGCAAUAAAAGUUAUGUUUAAAAAGAAAACAAAUUACUAGUUGGAAGUUGAUAAUAGUUAGAAUAGCUGUGACCCAGGCUGCUGCUAAUGUUCCCAUCCCUCGUUUACUCAUAUACUCUGGACACUGCUUGUUAUUUUAGGUGUUGUAUCCACUUGUAUGUGGACAGUAAGGUUGCCUAACGGAUGUGCUGUAUGUGGACUAUGUAUUCUUUAUUCUGUACAUAAUAAACUAUUGGUCGGAUUUCAAUGUCUGACUACCCAA